AUGCCUGCUACAUACUAUACCUCCUAUCCCUCGACUUCAUAUCCCAUCAACGUGCCUCAAAAGCCGGGCUAUGCUCAGUACUACCCACCUCAACAUAGCUAUGGACGCGUAUCAGGGUCACCACCCGAGGCUCCCGAUAGCAUCACUACUUCUGGCGUUCCAUCUUACGAGCCAUCGGCGGCAUCAAGCAACUAUGCCGGCAGUGCAAGCGAGUACGAACCUACCAGCGGUGCUGCCAGCAUUGAUCUCCUAGAGUAUAUGGGUAAUCGCCUGAAUGGCUCGUUUGACCCGAUGCCACUGGAUCGCAGUUUGGUAAAGCAGGCACAAACAUCUGGUGAACUGAACGCCAAACACCGCGAACUUCUCGAGCUCCAGGCACUCGCCCAGCGACGAUUGGCAGGCGCACGAUCCAACUUUGCAGACGGCAUGAGAGCCGCAAAAGAAGUGCAGAAGGAUCUGCAAUGGACGCAGAAGCGAGUAGACGCACUGAACGAGCGAGCAGCAGCCAAAUACCCCGAGCAAUACGAGUCCGCUCAACGUCGGUACCCAGCUCCAGUGGACUGCUAA